AUGGCUUCCGAAUCUAAAGCAGAAGAUAAUUAUGACGCUAGAAUGCCAGCUGUUCUACCAUUUGCUAAACCAUUAGCUUCCAAGAAAUUGAAUAAGAAAAUUUUAAAGACUGUUAAGAAGGCUUCCAAGGCUAAGAAUGUCAAGAGAGGUGUUAAGGAAGUCGGUAAGGCUUUAAGAAAAGGUGAAAAAGGUUUGGUUGUCAUUGCUGGUGAUAUCUCUCCAGGUGAUGUUAUCUCCCAUUUACCAGUUUUAUGCGAAGACAACUCUGUCCCAUACAUAUUUAUCCCAUCCAAGCAAGAUUUAGGUUCAGCAGGUGCUACUAAGAGACCAACCUCCGUUGUUUUUAUUGUUCCAGGUAGUAACAAGAAGAAGGAAGGUAAAUCUAAGGAAGAAGAAUACAAGGAAACUUUCAAUGAUGUUGUUAAGGAAGUCGAAAAUUUAUAA